UUGCUUUGGCAGCCGACUAAGAAGAGCGUCCACUCGCGUGAGCGCCACGAAAGUGCGGAGGAGAUUCCGUGUGUCGUGUCGGAUUGCAGUUCUUCCAAAAUAACCGUAAAAGUGGACAACGUCGACUCGCUGUACGAGGUGCCGAGGAAAGUGAAGAUGUCCGCCGAGGUGGAGAACAGCAAAGAUGAAGAGGUCAAAGUGCAGGCGGUGAAGAAGCCGCUGAGGAAGAAGAUCUUGGGGUAUUGGCCCGUUGGGAUUAAGGUUUUGCAGUUGCUCGUUUGUGCAGUUUGUAUGGGUCUCAUCUAUGAACCUCUGACCAGAACGAUUUUUACAAGAAUUCUCAUGCACCACAUUGGCGUGAUGUACACCUCCUACACCGGUUACAUGGUCAUCAACUGCGUCUUACUCGUGAGCAAAGCUCUGGGCGACAAAAUACCCUACAGGACGGUGGCUCUCUUUGCCAUCAUUGGAUCUGCUUUGUUCUUAAUAACAGGCAUGCUGCUAAUCGUCGAUACAAACGACUUUAUAAGAGACGCGACUAGACCCGAACGAGAUUACUCCGAUUAUGACGAGAGCUCCCUAAAAACUCUGUUCAAAAUCUCGGCUGGAUUCGCUUUCCUAAACGCCCUUCUCUUUGCUGCCGACGCAGCUGUUACCUUCAAACUUCAAGAUGACUUCUAACGAUAUGAUUCUAUCAGUUCACAACGAAUAAAAUCAUCUGGAGCAUACAAAACCUAGAAUAUAUGCGGGUAUACCGCAAGGAUCAAACUUGGGCCUGUUUAUAUUUUCGUAACUAUGAAUUCGAGUCACGACUCUUGUACGACAAAAAUUUUGCAUCAUAUUUAACUUUAGUUUAGUUUUUUUUAAUGAAUUUUACGUAAAUUUUACACCAUUUACUUUGUUUUUAGGGGUCGUUUUGGCCGUAGACAAGGUAAAGAUCUCGAAAGAUAACUUUUUCGAUCCCAACGUGCACUUAGGCAUUAUGAUGACAAUAUCCAUA